CAAAAGGUGUGUAAGCGAUAAACAAAGUCUAUUUGAGAAGUCUGUGGGUGCAGAGAGUGUUGUUAGCAUUUUGUGGUUGAUGGUUUGGAUUCCCUUUUUACCCAGGUGACAAGGCGUCCAGGCUCAUGAGCGCACGGGAGAAAGAGGCUCAUGUAAUGUGUGCUCCUAACAGCUUUCAACAUCAUUGUAGGUGGCCAUAAAAGAACUUAAUCUCCAGCACCAGGGUGUCGAGGAAGUGUUAAAAGAAAUCCUGGUCUUGAAAGAAAAAAGAAACCCCAAUAUUGUCACCUACCUACAAAGCUACCUUGUCAAUGGGGCUGUCCUGCUGGUGCUGGAGUACAUGGACGGAGGCUCUUUAGCUGAGGUUGUCAGAAAGAAAAGGAUGGAUGUAGGACACAUAGCAACAGUCUGUCGCGAGUGCCUGCAAGGCCUGGCUUUCCUUCAUGCCAACCAGGUGAUCCACAGGGACAUCAAAAGUGACAACAUCCUUCUGAGCCGGGAUGGCGCCGUCAAGUUGGCUGAUUUUGGCCUCUGUACUUGGCUCACCCCUGAGCACAGUAAACGGAAGUCCGUGGUCGGCACCCCUCGCUGGAUGGCACCCGAGGUGGUGAGAGGAGAGCCAUACGGCCCCAAAGUGGACAUCUGGUCCCUUGGCAUCGUAGGAAUACACAUGGCCAAAAGAGAGACUCCUUACAUUCGUCUAAACAGUGCCAGGGCUAUGUAUCUGAUAAGCACGCAGGGGGCACCAGAUGUGCACACGCUCAGGCUGCCCGCUGUCUUGCGUGACUUUCUGUGCUGCUGCCUGCAGAUGGAUGUGGACAGGCGAGGCUCUGCCAAGGAACUUCUGCAGCAUCCAUUUCUCAAAUUAGCGGAGCCUCUCUUCAGCCUCUUCUGGCAGCCUGAUUGCUGUCAUCCCUGCAGCAAAGUAGUGCAGGCAGCACAAGGACACCUCAUGAGUUGGAGAAAAGAGCCUCUGAGGACAGGAAGAAAUCUUGAGGAGAGAGGGGCCAGGAAACAGGCAGCCAUCAGAGCGGGAAAGGAAAGAUCACAUGGACCCCUGCCAUGUAAGUCUCCACUCCAGGUGCUUUUCAAAUUAAAACAAAGGAAAGCUGCAGUGAAGCAACUGAGGAAGAGGAGAUGACCAGGAGCAGUUCGGGAUUUCCUUCUCCAAUGCCAGCUUGGAGAUGGACUCAGAAUAAAAAUCCUAGAAACCCCCAAGCUCUGUUGGAGGGGUUUGGAUUGCCCCCUUGGUCACCUUAUCUGUUGCGGUGUGCGUUUCCCAGGAUGCGCUGCCAGCAUUGGGGUGCGUCACAUUCCCCCCGGGGAGACUCUUUCUCCCCGCUCAGGAACUCCGACGGUCUCAGCGGUUGCUUUUGGGGUGCAGAGAUGAAGCAGAGGCGAGACGGGUCUUGGGGUAAACUGAGGAGAUUUAUUAAAGGUACAACUGAAGAAUAAAAACUAAAAGCUGAACCCCAAGGACCGGGAGCACAUGUCUUGCCGUGGAUUUUAUAGACAGGGCAAUACAAAGCAAACAACCAAUGAGAAUGCACUCAGGGAGGAGUCCAAGGCAGGGAUACAGAACGAAAUCCAAUGGGAAUAGCAAAAGCAGUGUAACGAUACAAAACAGCAAAUGAUAUAUUGAGCGAGGGAAGAUUGGCAAGGAAAAUACUAGCAACAGAGGCAGGGAUACAGAGAAUUGACACACAAUGGCAUGUAUAAUUUAAAUCAUAACACACAAAUGAAAUAGAAAGCUAGCCUGAAAACUCAAAGCAAAAACCCACACCACAACACAUCAUUGCAGCAUGUUUUGCCUAACAAACUAGAACAAGCUAAACUGAGUCACUCCUUUUUCACCAAAAUGCUGGGGCCUUGGUAAGACUUUUCAGAUUAACUCCAGCACAAGCCUCUAAUAUCAUUUCUAUAUGCCCUGACUGCCAGUAUUGCUCCCUUCCUAAUGUGAACACAGGGGUCAUUCCAAGAGGUCUACAAAGCCUACAGAUUUGGCAAACAGAUGUGACACACAUUCCUGAAUCUGGCCGCUUGAAAUUUGUGCAUGCUUCUAUUGAUGCCUUUUCAGGUGCUCUGUUUGCCUCAGCUCCCACGGGAGAGACAGGGAGAGACACUUGAUGUCAUUUUGCUGCUGCCUUUGCCACCUUAGGAAUUCCACAACAGAUUAAGACAGAUAAUGGCCCACAUACAUUUCCUGUAGAACUGCAAACUUCUUCUCCUUAUGGGCUAUCACUCACCAAAGGGGCAUACCUCACUCACCCACAGGACAAUCAAUUAUAGAACGGACCCGGCGCCCAUGGCGUUCUCAAACGUCUUCUGGUACAACAAAAGGGGGGAGCUGGGGACACUCCUGCUGAAAGAUUAUGCAAAGACCUGUAUGUUUUUAAUGUCUUGAAUUGUUCAGUGGCAGACUUAAAUCCCCUCAAGUUAUUGAACUUGCUACUGUUGUCAGAGCUUUUCAAAAUUUUUCUGUUCUUUUUAAUCUAGUAAGAGAUUCAGUUUAUGUUGCAAAAUUGUGAGGCCUCAGCCCUGAAAAAAAGUGUAAAAAACCUGGAAACAGAUGAUAGAUUUGAAUUGCUGAAUAAACGCCUAAGAAGCUAAAGACUCCAUAAAUAGAUUAGAAAUUU